CUUAUUGGGUUGGAUGGAUAGGAAAUAAAAUCUGAACAAUUCUAAAUAGAAAAAUACAAUCGAUUGAAGAAAAAAAUAAUAAAUUAAAACAAGAAUUAGAACAGCUAAUGUAUACUCAUAAAGAAAAACCUACAACUACAAAUAAAGAAAAUUACUAUAACUCUGAGUAUGAAAAAAAGAUUGUAAUUUAUGGUCUAAGAGAAAAUUUUGAAGAAAAUGAAUAUGACUUGCAUGAAAAGGUUGAGACAAUUUUUUAUAAUACAAUGAAUGUUGACUUAUCUGGCUAUAUAGAGGACCUGAAAAAGCUUGGUAAAAGAGGAUCUCGAAGGCCAAUAUUAAUGGAGCUUAUCAGUAAAAGAAUGGUCAGAUAUAUAUUAAGAAAUGCUAAAUAUUUUAAAAAUUCUGGUUUAUAUAUAUGUGAAUACCUUAGCGAACGGUCACUUCAGGAAAAGCGUCUAUUAAGAAACAGUCUACUCGAAGCACGUAAAAAAGGACUCCACGCAGUUAUACAAAAUAAUACACUUAUAAUAAAUGGAAAACCAUAACUACUUACCGAAGAAUCACAGCACAAUAUAAACAUUAGC